UUGGUCAAAUAAUCUAAACCCAGAUCUUUGUAAGGAUCCCAUAAAUGAAGACGAAAAAAUUUUUAUUGUUCAAUGCGCCGAUCAAAAUAUGCAAAAUGAAAAAUUUCUUACGAAAAUAGUUGAUUUGACACGAAAGGAAUAUAAAAAAUUAUUUUCUGAGAACAAGAUCAAGAAUUUUUUGCACACUAGAAAAAGAAGACUUGAUCGAAUUCAAGAACUGCCAAAACUUGAAGUUUAUGAGCCCAAACCUUUUCCUCCACAGUCUAAUAUUCCGCCUAUGAAACCUAUCUUUGAUUGA